AUGGACAGCGAACCAGCACCCAAACGAUUGAAGCUUUCUCUCGAACCUUCUCUCGAUCAAAUACCCGUCGACAUUGAGGACAAUGGCCAAGAGAUCUUCAAAAAUGAGCCAUCGCCACCCGAGAAACUUAUGCUCAACGUUGAUCGCGUAUGGGGCGAGCGUGGCGACUGGCGUUUGAUCACUGAAGAGAGUUUGCAACAAUCUAUUACAGCAGUGGAUGAUGAUACUUCUUCUGAAGCCAACGACAAAGACGCCAACAAUCAAUCCGUCAGUGGUGCACCAUCAGGCUUUGAUAUGGCGAGAGUACGGGAAUCGGUCCAUAACAAGCUCUGUCAUGCAAAGAGCGAGAUCGACGUAGCGCUAGACGUUAUCAAUAUCCUCUUGUCUCAAAACCGAUCCAAGGAUGUCGUCCUCCCUCUUCCACCAGGCACACUGCAUGCGACUUAUGUGGCCAAACCAAGACCCACCGUGAAAGCACAACUGGAGUCGGCUCAAUUGACGUUGGGAUUGAAACGCAAACAACAAAGAAAUGCAGCCGAAUUUCUCAAAUCAAGUGCAACCAAGCUCAGAUCGUUGGUGGAUGGGGAACAACAAUUUUGGGAAGAGGCGUUAGAGCUACGUCGCAACAACUGGUUGAUGCAUGCCAACACUGCCUCAGCUGAUACUUCAUUCUUGGUGCGUUAUGGAUAUACAGAAGCUGGAUCUGAUUUCAAUGAAGUAUCCUUUGGUGAAUUCAGCAGGGCGAAUGAUGACCACGAUGAGGAAAAGACACGCUUGACGCUGCCUCACAGCUUGCCACGAAGAAUGGUCGCCAAUGUCAGCAUAUCAAAGAUGGGCAAAUUAGAUCAUCAAUCCGAUAUGGGACCUGAAGUAAUCAUGGGCAUGUCAGAGGAAGUGGAUGAGAAAUCAAGGAAUGAUGCUCUCCCAUGUCUGGCCAUGAGUUCCCAAUUGAGCAAGAUCCAGCAGCAACUCGUUGAAGCCCAAUCCACCAUCUUUGAUGCAGAGCUAUAUGCUUCGGUGUUAUCAGAAGCUCAAGGUCUUGCAAGCAACAAUGACGUGCGUUUUGAUGAUGAAGAGGUCAUUGUUACCAUUGAUGGUCACGUGGAUCUCUCUAUUCGACGCGUGGAAGCAUCAGCUAUCAAAGAUCAGGAACGAGGAUCGGAUGACCAUGAUGAUGAGACAAAGGAUCAAGUGGCGACUCCUGUAACUACACAACAAAUAUCCGGAAGGACAUUGGAUCUUGCAUUGCGAUUACUACUCCUCCAGCGUUAUCGUCUCAACACAUGGAGGACAAGAGCCCGAUUAUUAUGUCCCAAUCGCAAAAUUCAGCAAUUACUUACAACGAUGGGUGAACCUCCAUUACAGCCAUCAUCAGCAUCAGGUAGCACCUCCGGCACAGCAUCCAGCAGCACAGUGGGUGGCAGUGGAACCAAUCGACGUAUGCAGCAAACACGUGGCACCAAUGCAUGGCAACCAUCAGUACCCGUUUUGUCACCCGCUUUGGCAAUGUGCAAGUUCUGGGUAUUGUUUGAUCGUGUGCGACAAUUGGUCUAUGAUGCCAUUGAACCUUUUACGGGCGAAGGUGGUACCAAUCUUUCAGUGCACUAUGAGUUACGUGGUGAUGGCUUUUCAAAUCAACACAAACGAAAUGAUGGUUCCUUAUGCAGCUCCUAUCCUGGAGUGGGUGAAAUGGCCAUUAGCCUUAGUAUCAGCAUUUUGAAAGGGCAAUUCUUGCUCUUUGUUUUGCAUGAAUCUGGCAACAUCACCGUACGAUUACCCCAAGGAUUGAUGACUUUGAGCAACAUUAGCGAAUUUCAAGCACUCCUAACGCGUGAAAUCAACCUGAUUGGACUUCGAAUGGUGUGUGAAGUUGCCAAUAGCUUCAUCCGAUGUACACCUGGUUUUCAGAAUGCCACCCCUAGUGAGCAAGGUCGAUGUCUAUGGAAAGUGGAUGAUAUCGAAGAAACAAUCAAUGGCUCUAUCUCGUGGGCACUUGGUCCAUCGGCUAGUCAAGAUUCCAGCCAUGUAUGGCGAAGCAUACACGUGCAAUUGAUCAAGACGCAACUAGAAGGCAAACCAGCGUAUCAACUUCAAUUCCAACUACGAGCACCUGCACAAUCAAAUGAACGACCCUCAUCCGCAUUACCAUCCAUCACACGCGAAAUACUAUUUUCACGAACACAAACCAAAGACGCAGGCGUAUUGACAUUCAGUGAAAAGAUCAAGCUCAUUGUUGAGGAACUUGUACAAGAAGCGGCAUCAUCCAUCAAAUCUCCAUAG